AGUUGGUUCGAGGUCUUCACGACGGCUGGACGUCCGCGCUCAUAGAAAUGUUCGAUAUGCCAACGAAAUCACGUUUCAAACAGAAAUGGCCGUUACAAAUAUAAUAGACGUACUUGUGGAGUGUUAUGGUGUUUCUAAUAUAUACUGUGUAAUAUAAUAUUUUGUAACUUAUCACAAAAAAACGUGAAGAGUUAAAACUUUUAAGGGCCUGUUUGUUUAUUUAUUUGGGUGAAAUUGUUUGGAAUGUUUGAAAACAAUUUAUAGUGGAAUCGAAUUAAUAAGUUUUGCUCGGAAUCUUUACUUCGAUUUGAUCGGAAAUUUUCUACAACCGCUGACACUAAUGAAACAAUCCGCAAGCGGGAUAUUGAACUAGCAGCCACUCCAACCACCUUUCUAUUGCAAUAAAACAACACGAUCGACUAAGGAUACGAACAAUUGAAAAUAAACUCUAUUACCUGGACCAAACAGAAGAGUUAUUUUCAAUCAUACAAUCCAAUGGCUCUAUUCAGAAUAGGAAGGACGAUCCAGGCGAUAUGUCAAUUAAAGCCUAUUUCUGAAUGUAAUCAGUUACGUCGCUCCAAAACGAAGCAGUUACAUGACGAAGUUGUUUUUCAAACUUGAUUUCGCUGUUUAUUUGAGUUCGAUUUUAUCAUACGUUUAUUGAAUUGGGAAAUAAUUAUCAUUAAGUAAACUGUAAACCCAAUGCAUGGUAAUCAUAGCGCAAGAUUAAUCGUCACCCACCCCAGGGACUCGUAUGGCGGGUCUAAAUCAUAAUAACCACUGUUCACGGCCUAGCUUUGUUACUUUACCUUCGUGUCUUCUCAUACUAAUAUUUUUAUUACUGCAAAUAGAUUUGGCUCUAACGAACGAUUUCAAUGAUUCAGAUUCCAUUUUUUAUUCAACUCAGAAUUCUUCACUAAAUUGGACCUUUUACGAAGCUAAUGAUACGAAUAGCAAACAUUUACACAUCAAACAUUCUAAAUAUUCAACCGUUGUAACGGUUUUUUUAGCAGCAAUAUUCAUGAUAGUAAUAUUUGGAACAAUUGUUGGUAAUAUCUUGGUUUGUGUCGCUGUCUGUUUAGUCCGAAAAUUGAGAAGACCUAGUAAUUAUCUAAUUGUUUCGUUGGCCGUAAGUGAUCUUUGUGUAGCAAUGUUAGUGAUGCCAGUGGCAAUGGUCUAUGACUUGUUAGGGUCGUGGCCGUUUGGACCAGUGGUUUGUGACUUCUGGGUGUCCAGUGAUGUGCUAUCAUGCGCGGCAAGUAUUUUAAACCUAUGCAUGAUAUCAGUAGAUCGAUAUUAUGCGAUCACAAAACCUUUGGAAUACGGUGUAAAAAGAACGCCAAGGCGUAUGCUUUUUUGUGUUUUUAUAGUCUGGAUGAGUGCUGCUUUUAUAUCCCUUCCGCCUUUAUUGGUUUUGGGAAAUGAAAAAACAGAAACGUCAUGUUCAGUUUCACAAAAUCAGGGUUAUCAGAUAUAUGCUACUUUUGGAUCUUUUUAUUUACCUUUGACUGUAAUGGUGGUCGUGUACUAUAAAAUAUUUAGUGCUGCACGAAAAAUUGUUAAGGAUGAGAGACGCGCUCAAUCACAUUUAGAGACACAUUGUUAUUUAGAAAUAAAUGUUAAAAAUGGUGGAGGCGCUGAAGCGAGACUAUUAGGAAGUCAACCUACUCCUAUUCCGCCUACUCGAGGUUCUACUGCAAGCACAAACACGACGUGUAGUAUAGAAAAAACGGAAAGUUCAAUAGGAAGAUGCUUUACAGAACAACGAAAAUCAAAUGAAGCGCAAUGUCCUAUGUUAACAGUACAGAAAAUUCCAACAAAACCUAUUCAUACAAUAAAUCGCCCAAACUCUCAAAUGGUUCCCACGCCGGAAAUUAAACUUCCAGCAAAAGAAAGACGGAGGCAAUCUUCUGAGAGCAAUAAUAAAUUAUCAACUAGCAGAAUCCGAUCAUCGUUGUCUAGUUUUGCUCAAAAAAGUCACUUUGCCAAAGACUUAUUACAUCAAACUCAUUCACCGCAUCAGAAAAAGUUACGAUUCCAAUUGGCUAAGGAACGUAAAGCCUCAACAACUCUCGGAAUCAUUAUGUCCGCUUUCAUUAUUUGUUGGCUACCAUUUUUUGUGUUAGCCCUUAUCAGACCAUUUGUUGCAGAGGAUACUAUCCCUGACGCUGUGAGUGCACUUUUUCUUUGGCUAGGAUAUAUAAAUAGUCUACUCAAUCCAAUUAUAUACGCAACUCUGAACAGAGAUUUCAGAAAGCCUUUCCAAGAAAUACUCUUCUUCAGAUGUUCCAAUUUGAACCAUAUGAUGAGAGAAGAAUUUUACCAUAGCCAGUACGGUGGCCCAGAUCAACAUUACUGUGUAAAUAACUCAUCUAAAAUUCAAAAUUACGAAGAAGGGGUCGAAAUAGUUUCAGCUGUGGACAGGGAGGAAACGAGGGCCUCAGAAAGUUUUCUAUGAUUGUCAAUACCCAAGGUCAAUGUGGACCUGGAUACUGUGAUUUAAUUAAGACUAAUACCGAGGUGUAAGUGAUAACAUUUGUCUUUAGGCAUUGGCAUUACAAUUUAUGUUACGAGCCAACUAGUCGUACUUAACUGUAUACCUUAUUUCUUACGACACAUUCUGUCCGAAAUAUCUUCUGUAUAAAUGAUAAAAUGAAUGUUAUAUGGUAGGAAAUUAUAGAUAUUCAGUUACAAUUUGGAGGAUAUUAAAAUAAAUUAGAUAUAUUUCGGAUUAACCAAAGAGUAAUUAUUAUUAACUAAAGGAAUUUAUAACAUUAAAAUGUUGUGAUUUUAUUGGUUGGUAUUAUUUAUAUUUUGUAUUGUCGUGUACGAUGUAAUGACAAUCAAUUUGAGCCAGUAUUCUAAUACAUGUGAUAGUAGGUUAGUGCCGUUCUAUUUUAUUUUUAAUUGAUCAAAAUGCUUUUAUGUAUAUUAUUAAUUAUGCCUGUAUAGUGUAUACGAUAAUUUUAUUUGUAUUUUCUUGCAGUGUUUUAUCAUGUGUUUCCUUUCACCAUAUUGUAUAAUAAAUGGCACUGCCAGAAGGAGUAAUAAUUAUAUUUAAUUAAACAUAAUUAAGUAGUAAUUCGUACACAAAUCAUAGAAACAUUUUUAGGUAUUAAUGUGCUCUAUAUAUGGUUUGCGAUUACUAGGUGUGUUGUAUAAUAUUUGUAUUUCUAUGUAUAUUAUAUAUUUUAGACAAAGUACUACAAAGAUAAUUUUAGUGAAAAAUUUUAUUUAUCAUUUUUUGUAUGUAGUAUAAUUACUUUGUCAUUUAUUCAUAUUUGUCAUUUUCGCAUUGAUAAUGUUAAAUAAUUUAAUAGAACAAAUGUAAAUAUCAUCAAAAAUAAUAUUAAAGUAUAUGUAUAUAAAAAAUAUAGAAUAAAAGCAGAUACCGUGUGGGGAAACUACGCUUGGAAAAAAAAUAUAAUGAUUUUGACAGUUGAAUUUGAUGUUGUAUUUAAUGGAAUUUAAAAUAAAUUUCUUUGAUGUAGUUUCUUUCCAUAGAAUAUUAUUAUACUGUUUGAUUAAAAUAUUCAUUAAGUAGAUAAAUUUUUAUUCUAAAAGCUGGUAUUCUGCUCUGUUUAAGUAAAUUCAGUCGGAUAAAAUACGUAGUUAGUACUUCGUCGUUAAAAGCACAUGAAUGGAAAAAUAUGUCCGGGAAUUUAGAAACAUUUGCAUAUAUUUUUACGAAAAUCUUUUGACAAGUAUCCUUUUCCUUUGUUUUAGACUGGGUACUAUAUGAUACUACAUUUUUUGUCCUACCUAAUAUAUCAAACAUGCAUACCUAUUGUAUGUAAAUUUUAUAUAUGUAUGUAUUAAAUUUUUCCCUAAAAAUUUAACCAAAUCAAUCCUGACCAUUUAUUCACCCAUUCCUUUACCUGACAAACUAUCUUAUUUAUUGUUUAGAAAAAAAAAUAUAUCCAAUACAUCACCGAAGGCCAAAGAGUACUAAUAUAUAUUGCAUCAGUAAAUAUAAAAUAAAUCUCUUAUAGCCCGGUGAUCUUGUACCGGAUUUAAAUUUGUUGUAAAUAUUCUAAUAAAAUACUUGGACAUCUUCCAACAGUGUAGUUAGUGUAAAUGGCCUUCAUUUUAAAUUGAUAACGUUGCAUAAGUAAAGUCAUCUAUCAAGUUUUUUUUUUGUAAUUUUUUUUUAAUAAAAUCCUAUAAAUCUUCCACCGAAUUUAUUAUUCAUCUAUGUAAUGUGUUCCAUAAAUAUCUUGUUCAAAUUGUGACAGGGUUGUCACAAAUCUAUUGAAACAAAAUAAUUUCAAAUGUAAAUAAAAAUUAUUUGAAACAAAUACGGGUUUUAGCCUGAAAUUUUUUAAUCACUUCUUAAAAGUUAUAUUCAUAUUAGUAGUAAAAGCAUGUAUUUUUUUUUUUUUCAAUUGGAGUCAUUUUCUCUUUAUCUUGUUCACAGAGAUGUUAAAUUUCCUGGCUCAGAAUGUUACUCUUAAUUAAAACUGCGCCAUGUAAUCGGGAUUCAUCUGUCUGUCAAAAGUUAUUUCAAAAUGUAUGAUAUUUUUUGUGUAUAAUGAAAAAAACUGCAAUUACCCUAUAUUUGUUUAAUGCAAAUUACAUGUGCCCGUAAUAUUUCAUUGCUUAAAUCAUAUCAUUAUGACAAACAAUGGGUACACUUAUACGAUUUAAUUGAGUCACCGCUAAAUUACCGUUGAGGAGUGCACUUUAUGAUUUCUUUUAUAAAAAAAAAAUAAUUAUUUCUUAUACAAAUUAUGUUGCUGGGGAACUCUCUAUGGAUAUAGAGUUAUUGAUUCUGACUGGAACUUUGAUGCAGUUAGGAUUAUAGUUUGACUUGAAGUUGUUUAGACCGAUGAUUCAUUUAUUUGAAAAUGUAUUUUCUCCACAUUCUCCAAAGAAAAUCUUAAUACCCGUACAUCCAAAUAUUAAUAUUAUAUUCAAUUAUAAACUAAUUUGUAUUAUUCAUAGUUUAAAUCUAACAAACAUAUGUAUAAUAUGAUAUGUGAAUUAUUUAAAUAAACAAUGAUUUUUGUAAUAUUUAUGAUCCAAUGUAACAUUGGCUACUAUGCCAUUACGGAUUUAUGUUAUUCCGUGAUCUUUUAUUCCUUUAAGGAAUAAAUAAUGAGAUGGAAGAUACAGAAAAUUUGUUUCGCUCAAGACUUAAUUAUAAUUAUGUGCAAUAACUUUCAUGUAAUAUUAUUACCAAAUGGCCUAUUCAUAUCUUUUUCUUUGUAGUGUUAUAUUCAUAGAUAAUUAGGUAAAUGUAUUUACUUUUGGCAACGCUGCGUAUGUCAUAGUCUACUCUUAUAUCUAUAAGUAAAUGUUUUUAUUACAGUGUUACUAUAUACUAUGAAAAAUAUUACCUUUAUUUAUUAAUGAUUAAUUACGCGGUGUUGCCGCAAUCUAAGAUUGUUAAGUACAAAAUUGUUUAUUAUACGUUCGUGUUAUGUUUAAAAUAUAAUACAAUUGUAAUGAUUGUAUAUUUGUAUAAUACGUCGUGAAUCAGUAGAUCCCUUAUACUAGACAUUAUUGUAUUUUUCUUAUGUAAAGUGAUGAAAUAAAAAGUAGAUUGGGG